AUGUACACUACAAACUGUGACAGGUACGGUGGUCCAGGGUUCCCUCCCCUCCCGCGCCUCACCGUGUCCAAGGUUCUGCAGUACCUGUACCUCGCGAGCGCGUGGGUCGCCUGCGCGGGCGUGGCCGCCGGGACCGUCGCGCGUCGGGCCCUGGGCGAUGAGUCCCCGGUGACCUACGCGUUCCUCAAGGUCUCGAUCGGAGCCCUCGUCUUCCCCGUGCUGAUCGUCCUCGUCGUCACCCUGCGGCUCCUGCGCGCCAUGUGCGUGGCGGGGUUCGGGCUGUCGCUCCGCACCGUCGCCAGGGAGGUUCAGAUCCAUUCCCGGAAGAUGUUUGGAGCAUUAACUUGGAAGGUGCUGCUGGACCCUGCUGCAGUUGUGUUGCUCGUGUCUUUCCUUUUCUUCCUGCUGUUUGGAGUAGGCGUUCUGGUGCUUGGGGGGCUGUUACCUGUGCAGGAAUCUCAGAGGGAAAGGAUUGGUUCUGCACUCUUUGAUACAGGGGUAUUGGGUGCCAUGGGAAUGUCUUGCUUUGUCAUCAUACCCAGUUUUGCACUAAAGAUCUGGAGGAGCAAAUAGGUGGCGAUGCGGAAGCAUUUCAAUAUCUGAGGUAUCCCACAGUCGCCCUGGC